AUGAAAUUUAGAUUCUGUGGAGGUUUGGAGCCACCUGACUGGCUUCUGGUUGAAUUGCCACUGCUAUCGGAGACUGAUAGAAUGACAACUGAUAAUCUCGUCGCCAUGUGUCAAGCUAUUGGGGCGGAUAUUACAGCGCAGACUGCAGCUGCUUCUCUGCGGUUCAUCCUGACGCAUGCUGCCAAAUAUAAUACAGCAGGCAGAGAUCUCAUGGAAGAGUUGCAACAAUUGGGUAUGCAUCAAUCGACUGCCGAAGCUAUUGCACAAAGUUACGAAGAUAUCCGUCCUCGUAUCCAAGAUCAGCAACGUGCUCAACGCUUUCGGUUUCCAAACGUGAAGACAGUCGAAUGGAAGGUAGAGGCUUCAUCAAAUGUACUACUGAAGAUGAAGUUAGACCAAGAGGUUCUGGAAUGCGAUAUGGCAAUAACAUCAGCAACAAGUGAUACACGUCAUGUACUGAACUUUGACAUGAGUCCAAUCAAGUUUGUAGCCUUGUACGAAGAUUUGAGUCAAGCGCAAUCAAUCCUUCGAGCAACCUAA